AUGGAGGAGCCACAUCCCAGGGAACCUGAAGUGACAUCCCCGACUAUUCGGUCCUCAUCGCCUUCACCCUCUAUCCCUGCCACCCCGGCCAUUUCUUCAUACUCCUCGCCAGACCGGACAUUUUCCUCUGUCUCCUCCCACUCUGCCUCCUCUGCGACCUCUGCCGAUGCCCGGUCUACUGUCUCAACAUCUUCCCGCCGCCAUGGAUACACUCGUGCGCUCGGUGCUGAGUUCGCCGAGUCGGCCCGGCACCGUGAUAGUGUCAUGAGCCUGGGCAGCAUCGCCCAUUUACAAUACUAUUUCGCUCGCACGGGUCUUUUGGACGGGAAGACGGGCCGAGGCAAGGAGUUCAAGAAAAAGAAUGGCGAGAAUGUGCCCCGACUGUUGAUCACUCCAAAUGAGGGACAUAUCGAUGAUUUCGUCGCAAGUCCAUCUGAUAUGGCCGAAUCGCCAGAGUUUGAUCCCAAUGACGACGAGGAGGGUGAAGUCAUGUUGCCUCCUACCGUCAGCACCUACAGUAUUAAAACACAUCAUAUCCCGCCCCCACCAGACCUGAUAUCGCUACGCCGGGAUCUACAAGUCGCGCUAGAAAAAGCAGACAGUAAUAUCGAGGCGGUUGAAGAGGGGAUCGACCCCCGCGAACCAUUUCGGUCUAGCCUUUCGCCUGACGAUGUCCCAGAAACACCGGAGGAAGAUCCAGCGCGGGGAAUCCCGACCCCGCAAACGAAAGAAGAAGCACAGGGCAUGUGUAUCCUGGAUAAUGUGACACUGGCAAUCCGUGCCGCCAAGAUCUACUACACCGCUCACCCACACCCAGAACGCCUUGCAUCUCUCAAAAGUGAGCGCGAGAUCCGAAAGGACCUUUUCCACGUCUUGGAUGUCCUCAAGCGAUGGGCAGCCAGGCACUUUGCCUGUGGAUUGCGGCCUGAGGAACGCGAAAUUAUCCAAGGAUGGAUUUCCGGGGUCCGAACCAUGCUGGUCAGGGAGAAAGCUCUAGAAGAUCUCGAAGCCCAAGAGCGAGAAAACUGGGACUGGGCUCAAGGCGACUGGACCGGACGAGAGCGAGCCCGCGAGGAAUCUUUCCUCCGAAGUCUAAUGCCUGGGGGUCAUACCCUGCCGGAGUGGACUCCGAUUGAGGAUGAUGCCAGCGUUGAAGACCUCCCCACUCCCUUUCUUGAACGUUUCAGGGACGGUCGCAUCCUAGUACAGUUACACAACAUCGCGGUCAAAAAGUCUAAGCGCCCCUUUGGUGAGAUAAAGACUUUCCAUGAGGACAUCGCGAAGCCAUACCGACAGGCCGAUAAUCUGCGGUACUGGAUCAAGGCUGCAGAAUUGCGGUGGGAGCUCCGUUUCCGAGUGGAUGUGAUGGGUGUGGUGCAGAGCAGUAGCGAUGCAGCUUGGAGGCAAUUUGACGCUGCACUAUUGGCCUGGUGCAGGACCGUCCGACAGGAGCUGGUCCGAGAUUGGCAAGCCGCCAAUCCUGGGCGGCCCCCAAGUGCUGGUCUGAUUUAA